AUGCAGACAAGGAUAAAACCUGUUUAUAAAGGGAAGAAAAUUCUUGCUUCUCCUAAGAACUUGAAACCAAAAAUAAAGGAGAUAAAUAGCUCAGUCAUCAAAGAAAGAUUUGAUGCUCUUAAAGGUACUUUUGGGGGAAUAAACUAUAGAGAAAAUUAUGGCUCGUCGACAGAGAAAUUUUAAUGAGUCACAAUCAAUGUUAAACAAUGAUAAAUCUUCUCGGAUAGCAACUACUAAUUAUCUAAACAACUCUUUCUAUGACCAAAAUAGUGAUAUGGACAAGAGUCUUCUAAGAACGGAGAAUAAAAUGUCCAGUUUCAGACCAAAGAGGUUAUUGAGAAACCAGAAGCCAACACUGAACCAAAAUUCUAGCGGAAAUUUAUGAAAAUAACCAGCUUCCAAUGUAGAUAUUCUCUGUAACCUCUUUAGGCAACCUAAGACAUUCCAUAGAAGAAAGAAAGCCUUUAUGUAGAUUCUUGACUAACCUUUUUAGAUAAAAACUGAAUUAAAUCCUUUAUUUCAAAAGAAGAGAAAUGAAGGACCUCUUCUUACUAGUUUGAGAUAUGCCAACUCAAAGGAGCUCAAAAGCAUGAUCAAGGAGACCACUAAGAAUAGAGAAAAGAAAAUUUUCAAGAGCACUUUUGACUUUGAACUGAGCAUUAAGCAUAAUAAUCCUUUUAAAAAGGCACCGCAGAAAUAUGGCUUCGCUAAUUUUGCUAGUCAAAGGAUCUCUUUAGGUACUGAUGAUAUUGUUAGGCUAAAAUUUGACGGACCAAAAGUUAGCAAAGUUGGCUAUAAGAUAAGAUACAAAGCUGCUAGCCAAAGAGUAUCUCCAAAUAGGCUUGCUACCACCAUUGCUGAGAG